AUGGAGGAUGCAUCCAAACAGACGGAUAUAGAAGGCAAUGCCUUUGGCAAAAAUGACCUUGAAAGGUCAGCAGAAAUAGAAAACGACACCAAUGUCCAGGAUGCCACCCCUAACAUUGCCAAUGAAGCUGUCAAAUUAAAGGACGAGCCAGAGCGCGGAAAUUGGUCGGGAAAACUAGACUUUCUAUUGUCAUGUAUCGGGUACGCAGUGGGAUUAGGAAAUGUUUGGCGAUUCCCCUACCUCUGCUACAGGAACGGAGGGGGCGCUUUCCUCGUACCUUACGUCAUCAUGUUGUUGGUGGCUGGGCUACCCCUAUUCUUCCUGGAGUUGUGUUUAGGUCAGUUCUCCUCUCAAGGACCAGUCACUGCUUGGUCACUAAGCCCUCUCUUCAUGGGUAUUGGUUGGGCUAUGAUUUUGAUCAGUGCAAUGGUGUGUACCUACUAUAACGUCAUCAUCAUGUACGCCGUAUACUACAUGUUUGUGUCCUUUGUCAACCUUGACGACGAGUUACCAUGGCAGCGGUGUGGAAAAGCUUGGAACACUGAAAGGUGUAGGGAUGAACCAUACCCUGAUCUCACAAAUAUGAAUGAGACUAUGAAAGUGAACGCCACUCUAGGAUUGAAAGACCAAACCUGUCUCACGAACAUGCUCACAAAAUUGAGCACCAAACUCGGGGAAACCUUCACAUCAAUAGCGCAACUCAACUCCACAAUACUAACAGAUCAUACAGACGAUUGUGACAUCCAAUUUGAGACAGCAAGCAGUGAAUAUUGGAAUCGAUACGUUCUGAGGGUACAUGAAUCUGAUGGUCUUGAGGACAUCGGAGGCGUGAGUCUGAAAAAUGUCCUCUGUCUUCUCAUCUGCUGGCUCUUCAUCUUCUUCUGUCUAAUGAAAGGUGUUAAGUCAUCUGGAAAGGUGGUGUAUUUUACCGCUACAUUCCCAUACGUGGUGCUCCUUAUCCUGCUCGUCCGUGGUGUGACUCUGCCAGGCUACUACAAAGGAAUCGAGUUCUACAUCUUUCCUAAAUGGGAGUUGUUGAAAAAUGCUAAGGUGUGGGGAGACGCCGCCACACAGAUAUUUUACUCACUUGGACCAGCCUUUGGGGGUCUUCUGACCAUGGCUAGUUACAACAAGUUCCAUAACAACUGUCUACGAGAUGCUGUGAUCGUAUCGUUCAUCAAUUGUGGUACCAGUGUGUUCGCCGGAUUCGCCAUUUUCUCUCUGCUUGGUUAUAUAUCUUAUACCACCAAUGUUCCCAUUGAUAAGGUGGCCGACGACGGGCCCGGUUUAGCCUUCAUUGCUUACCCAGAAGGCAUCGCCAGAUUACCCAGUCCACCUAUAUUCGCCUUCCUGUUCUUCUUCAUGUUAUUUACCCUGGGACUUGACAGCCAGUUCGCCAUGAUGGAAACAGUCAUAAGCGGUAUCACAGAUGUCUUCCCCAGGCAGCUAAGGAGCAAGAAGGCGCUGUUUACAUUCUUUUGUUGUAUGGUCGGUUUUGUCCUGGGUAUCCCCCAGACUUGCAAGGGAGGAAUUUACUUACUCACGCUCGUUGAUUGGUACUCCGGAAGUUACAAUCUUAUGAUCGUCAGCUUCGUCGAAGUUGUUGGAAUAAAUUAUGUAUACGGAAUAAACAAUUUCCGACAAGAUAUCGAGCUGAUGCUGGGGAAAAAGAGUCCAAUUAUAUGGGCCUAUUUCUAUACCAUGUGGUGUGCCAUAACUCCACUCGCCAUCUUGUUCAUCGUAAUCAUGAUGGCCAUCAAUUACUCUCCGGCCGUACUGGGGGAUUACACCUACCCUCCAUUCGCCGAGGCUAUUGGCUGGAUGAUGGUAAUGGCGCCCCUUGUUCUAAUCAUCAUCGGUGCUAUCGUACAGAUGAUUCGUAAGGGAGGGAUUCGUGCCGCCAUCAAAUCGGAGCCGGAAUGGGGUCCAGCUAAUGACGAGGACCGUAAAGGUCCUAGGUAUGCCCCUAUACAGACCUUGCAAGCCGCUCCUGAUGGUAACGGACAUUAUCCCUCUAAUGUAGGUUAUAACAGUGAGAAGGGUAACAUCUACAUGGUUGGCCAGGACAAUAAAGCCAUGACGCCAGAACAAGAACGACUCUAG